CCUGCCUGAGUUUGCAGUUGAGUGCGCCAGGGCAGCACGGCUGUCUUAUAUAACUUUAAUAUACUCACGGGUUUAAUGGCGCAAGAGCAGAAUAUUGCGCCGCAGAUCCGUCGAUUCAUUGCGGAUUUAUCCUGAAAUCGCGCGCAAGUGACCAAUCGAGCACUUUUUUCCUCCUGUCGGUGACGUGCGUUAAAAGUUUAUCGACAGAUCGGCGAAACGGCGCACACGGUGGACCUGGCCAGCUCCAGAUAUGUCAGCGACGUUGUUCACUUUAGUUAUAGAAUAGUUGAUAUUUCAGCCGAUGUUUUCCUGCCGUGCGGGGAGAGAGGCGGCAACAAAUCCAGCUGACAUUUCACCACGCAGCACUGCAUCGAGGAAGGGGUUUUAUCUGAGGGCUUGACUGUGUGGACAUUGCGUUAUUUCUCACAUUUUUCUUUUCUGUUUCUUUUAUUUUUUUCCCCCUACAACUUGGACUGACGGGAGAUGACCUAACCAUCGGAGCGCAUCCUUCUGUCACUACAGGAUAAAGAAAUGGAUCAGGGUGGACUGAAGCGCAACGGUAAUCGAGACGACAGUCUGACAUUUGGGGAGGCAGGAGCCGGAGUAGGCAGGGACGCGGGCAACACAGCUGGCUCACUGCUCCAGCCUGCAAUGCACCUGCCUGGCCCUGGGUCUCUGCCCCAGCCCACAGUGUCCCCAAAUGGACAAGGUGGAAGCAAAGACCAGGGGGAGCUUGGAGGCCUCUUUGAGUCCCCUCAGCAUCCUGUCAUGCCAGACAUGAAGGAGGAUAAAAUCAUCAGAAUGCAGAAACAACAACAACAACAACAACAACACCAGGAUAUUGAUCUUUUCAACAUGGAUGACAACUUGCGGUUGUUGAAACAGAGUAUUUCCGAUCUCGACCGGAUGUCCACCUCUGUCAUCAGCACCUCAGACAGGUCUGUCCUGGGCAUCCUCCCUUUGCCAGACCUUUUUCCCCAGCCCAUCAAGCAGGAGGGGAAUUUUUCUCCAGAUAAAGACUCGGAAACCUACAGCGGACACACGGGCGGUGGUACCAGUGAUUUGGAUGCCAACAUCAGUCGCCAAAUGGAGGAUACUGACAUUUGGCACGAACUGGACCUUCCAGAAAUCAGCGAAUCAGAUAUGGCACACUGGGAAAACAUCCUACAUGACAGCAGGGGUGGUGGUGGUCCCAUCAGCGGCUUGAUAAAGGAACCAAAGUCACUCAUCGGUAACGGAGUAAACUGUCCCAACGUGAACGGCACGGACCACCCCGUUCAGCAUCAUCCUCACCAGCAGCACCACCUUCUGCAGGACCAGCAACAUCAGCUUUAUCAUCAAGAGCAGCCUGCGUCACUUCGCUCCAGCCUUAUGAUCAAGAAAGAAAAGGAUCCUGACGACUCUUUCAUCCAAUUCAGUCAUAAUCCUGACAUGGUCAAACAUGAGAAGCAGGACAGCCCUGGUUUCUGCCAGGUGCAGUGUCUCCAGAGCGGCAUGAGCUCUCUCCACGGGGGAUGCCCCAUGUCCUCGUCUUUGGGGGUCGUGGCAGGACAUGGCUGCCACUACAGAGCCAACCCGUCCUCCACAGCAGGCCUACAAGACCAGAAGCCUUUUGGCAUGUACCCGAACCUGCCUCUGGGCGGGGAGAACUGGGCCAGGCGUGCCAGGUGUGGAGAGUCGUCCGGGAUGCAGAGGGGUGACGAUGGGCUCCCCUCCGCAGCAGCCUUGUCCACAUUUCUGGAGAGACCUACCUUCUCCAGCCCGUCGCCCAAAGCAGGAGAGACCAGCAGUUCUGCCGUGCCGAGCCAGUCCAAGCCCAGCGGGCAGACGCAUAAAAUCUGUUUGGUUUGUUCGGACGAGGCCUCGGGAUGCCACUACGGGGUCGUGACCUGCGGCAGCUGCAAGGUGUUCUUUAAGAGGGCCGUCGAAGGAUGGCGAGCACGACAAAACACAGAUGGCCAGCACAACUACCUGUGUGCCGGGAGAAACGACUGCAUCAUUGAUAAGAUCCGGAGGAAGAACUGUCCAGCCUGCCGCUUCAGGAAAUGUCUUCAAGCUGGAAUGAACUUGGAAGCGAGGAAAAACAAGAAACUGAUCAAGAAUAGAGUGCAGCGGGCCCCUGGAUCAUCGGAGCCCAUCAGCAACAUGCCUGUUCCAGUCAUCCCCAGGUGCAUGCCCCAACUCGUGCCCACCAUGCUGUCUGUGCUCAAGGCCAUCGAGCCAGAAAUCAUCUACUCGGGCUACGACAGCACGCUGCCCGACACCUCCUCUCGGCUCAUGACCACUCUCAACAGGCUGGGGGGACAGCAGGUCAUCUCUGCAGUCAAGUGGGCCAAGUCACUGCCAGGCUUCCGUAACCUGCACCUUGAUGACCAGAUGACAUUGCUGCAGUGCUCCUGGCUCUUCCUCAUGUCCUUCAGUCUUGGUUGGAGGUCGUACGAGCAGUGUAACGGUAGCAUGCUCUGCUUUGCCCCUGAUCUCGUCAUCAACAAAGAGCGAAUGAAGUUGCCCUUCAUGACCGACCAGUGCGAGCAGAUGCUGAAGAUCUGUAAUGAGUUCGUCAGACUGCAGGUGUCCUAUGAUGAGUACCUGUGCAUGAAGGUCCUGUUGCUGCUCAGCACAGUGCCGAAAGAUGGCCUGAAGAGCCAGGCGGUGUUUGACGAGAUCAGGAUGACGUACAUCAAGGAGCUGGGAAAAGCCAUUGUCAAGAGAGAGGAGAACGCUAGUCAGAACUGGCAGCGCUUCUACCAGCUAACUAAGCUACUGGACUCAAUGCAGGAGAUGGUCGAGGGUCUUCUCCAGAUCUGUUUCUACACCUUUGUGAAUAAAACCCUCAGUGUGGAAUUCCCCGAGAUGCUGGCAGAGAUCAUCACCAACCAGAUACCAAAAUUCAAGGACGGGAGCGUCAAGCCUCUGCUGUUUCAUCAGAAAUGACUGCCUUAAGCUGUGAAGCAAUGCCUUAAUUUCUGCCCUGCCCCGUGUUUCUCUCCGGGGCCCCAAGCUUGCUGCCCGAGCCCUAAGCCUUUGCUUGCGCCCCCCUCCCCCCUCCCCCAGUUGAUUUGAUCCCUCAGUUUCUCCGUGCCCCCUCUAGGAAUUCUGCCACUCCCCUCCAGGCCUCAGCCAUUCGGCCUGAUCUCGGAGCACAAUACCUGUGGCCUCACGCCUCCCGAUCCGGUCCCAGGUUUGGCCAAGACCACGGGAGGACAUCCACCCACCGACCCGCAGCCCUUCCUGUUGGCUUCACAAGAACAGUUUGUCCUCCAGGGGAAGUAUGUUGGCUCUGAAUGUCUCGUGGGCAGGAUGCAUUUUGGGCAAUCGUUUCGUUUUCAGCCCCCUCAUCCCGUCCACGGCCCUGUCCUCAGGUUUCUAAUGCUGUUUCUUUUGGUGGCCGCCUGCCUCUUAAUCUCCUGCCUCUAGCGUUUUAUUGCCGUUUCCACUGACAAGCCAACACCUAGAAACACCUUUUCCUCCGACAACUUGACACAGCAGCCUAUUGAAGUCCGAGCCUGCUGUUCCUCUGCUCACCUGCCCAGCUUGCCUCUGUUCGCCCCUCCCAGCUCCACUGGGCAGAGAAUGUCGUGAGCGUUCACUCGUUGCGGUUUCCCGAGGACUGUCGGAGAUGAAGGGGAUAAACCAAAACACAGAAAAAGUCAAAACACACUCUGGCAUGAGAGAAUCUUUUUUUUCCUCUGGACCCAAGGACAUUGAGGACGAACUGUUUUCAGCUGUGAAUCGGUUAUCUUUUCUGAAAUUAUACGAAUCAGAUUUAUAUACCAGACCAAUGGAAGAAAGCAACAACAGCUAGAGGAAUAUUCAUUUAUUUUAUGCAGUCGUGCAUUUCUGACCACACGCUUACACACAGUAACGUACAAAGUACACGCAGACACACAUUCACUCAGCAAAAUGUUUACACAUGAUGUAUCUGAGAAGGGAAAAACAGUGCCUUUUAGCUUUUAAAGCUCUUCAUAGCCAUCCUCUAAACGGUUGUUUUUUUUUUUUUUCCUCGCAUAACAACCUAACCUUGACAUCCUUCCACAUUUUUUUUUUUUUCUGUUUUAGUUUUUCCAUGCGAGCAAUUUCUGUUUUCUUUCCAAGCCGCCAUUUUGGUGUUUUUAAUGUGGGCAGCUCUCUCCGUUCUGAUCCCCAGCCGUGCACGUAAGGAAGACAGCCUAUGGUACAGAUUACAGAUGUGUAGAGCAGUGUGAAAUGUGGAGAUCUCAAUUUUUAGGUCUUAAAAAGUUUGAGAAUCAAGUAGAAAAGACAGGAAAAGUAUGAAAGAAGGUUGUUAAAGUCCCAAAACACAUUUCAUGUGUUUCUUUUUUUCCCCAUGUGAAGUAUAUUUGAUAAAUAUACUGCAUCUCCCUAUCAGCCUCACAUCGUGUUCAAAGCUUAAAUCCCCAGAUAGCACGAACAAAUAUAAUGUUGAAUACACAUCCAGAUACCUUCUCUAUCUCAAGCUUGUGAGAGGCUUUGUGCUAAAUGGACACCACUGGAAUUUAAACACGGCAUAUCUAAUGUUUUUUAGUACUUAAGGGCACACUUACUGAUAUAAGUGUGAUGAAUAAUCAGAGUUGUUAAUUGGAAUGAAACUUGUUUACAAACCUUUGCAAUUUAUCCAGAUGCAGUUGCACAAAUGGGGUUUUUCAAACUAAAUUGCCUUUAAAAAAAAAAAAAAAAAAAACAUCCAAGGCGUGUGUUUUUUAGUAAAUAGCCAUAAUGAUUCAAGCAAACCUGGCUUGAAAUCCGUCCUUUCAUUGCCAGCUCCAUUCACACGGAGGCUGCAGCGUAGUCAGUGGGUUCAUGCAACUUUAUUUUCAAAUGUGGUCUCAUGGAGCUCCGCUUGGAGCGACUUACCUGGCCAGACUUCCUGUUCCUGCCUCAGAAAUCACGGCUAGAUCAAAUAGGAGUGGAGCGAAUUUCCUGACGUGUGUUGUAACCUAGCAGGAGUACUAGACUGGUUGGAUUUCUUAGAUAAGGUACCAUGAAUGCACUGAAGUGCUGCACACUUAUCAAACCUCUAAAGACUGAGAAGUCUUUGAAUUUAUUUUCCAGACCUGAAUUGACUUCACCAUGUAGAACUCCUGAUAGGCUACCAGAAAACAUAGUAUUUGUGAUGAAAGUAUUGGCUCAAAUACCCUUUAACCAGCUUCAUCUCAAUGUGUUAUUAUUAAGUUAUUGAGCUCAGCACGGCUGAAAAAGGAAAAUAAAUAUAUUUACAUAUAUAUUUGUUUGUAUAUGAGAUUUAAAAAGAAAAUAGAGACACCCAUAAUCGAUGGAACCUCUGUUCUCAGCACAGGCUUUCAUCUCUAAGGUUGAAAUAUUUUUGCAGUUUGGUCCAAAUAAUUUGUGAAUCAAAACUCAGGCUAUGAGUGACUACAUCGCUUGGAUGUGUUCCACUAGUGCCAAAUGUAAUACAUUUUUAUACGUCUUUUCCUGGACAUGUGAAAGAGUGAUUAUUCCAUCGGGAUUCGACAUUGUGUGUGUGUUUUUUUUUUUUUUUGUAACUCAAGGAUGCUCAUUUGUGAGAAAGAUCUUAGUUCAGUGUCACACCUACACCAGCUUAAACGUACUGAUUGUUAUCAUCCAAAAGUGUAUGACAGACCUGUUUUUUUUUUUUUUGUUGGAGAUGCACAAACUAUUGUAUUUUUGAAAUUGCAGAGUAAGUAGUAAUACCCACUGCUGUCAACAGGUGAUGGUCAGCACUUUGGUACAUUUGCAAUGUGAAAACAUGUUCGUACCAGCUUAUGUGAUGGCCAAAGCUGAUCACAUGAACAGCGUGCGCAGCUGUACAUUGGCUUCUGCUGGAAGAGCAAACACAGUGCCCCCCCCGACAUCCCGUCUCCCCUUCAGUGUUUCUUGUAACUGCCGGCCUCUCUGCCUAAAUGUCGACUGUACAGAUCUUCUGCUCUUCACUCUGAAUGGUACUCGUCCCUCCGCAGCGCAUAACUCUGAAUUGCAGUUAACAGAGCAGGUAGCAGGUUGCCAUAGAGACCGGUCAUUGGUAGGUUACUUACAGCGAACAGCACUGCAGGCUCUGGACGUGUUCGAGCCGCUAUUCAAUAAGAGCCAUCAUGUUUUUAAUCAGCCAUUCAGCCGACGGAUGGUCACUCACAGCGGGGUUGUUUCGUGUACAGCGCAGGCUUUCAGCUUCACCCGCUAACUCGAUCUCGUGGUCUUGUGCUGUGAAGAACAUGGACUUAAUGCCGCUCACGUCACUGCUGACUUAUUCUGGGGGAGAUUUGACUAAAGUGUCUGUUUGUUUGGGUAACUUUUGCAUACAGUAUUACAGUUGUUUCCAGGUGGUGGUGCUUCAGAAAACCAGCUUUAACGUGUAGAUGUAACCAUAUCCCUGCUCAUUUCUAAAUGGCCAUAGGUGUAUAUAGCAGCGCCGACAUAUCAAUGUAAACAGUGUCUAUUAUUACAAAAUAUUUUUACAUGGACAUAACCUCUAUACUCCUAUACAUUUUCUCUUAUCUUUCAGCUACAUGUUUGACUAAAGGCCUUGCGAAAGGGAGACAGAGAGCCAUAGAAAUAAGAUUUCAAAUCAGGAAAUAGAUAAACACUUAACAGAUAUCAAUGCUUUUGGAGAUUGAUCUAUCGUUUUAAUGAAAAAAAGAAAAAAAAAGGACAAUAUUUUCUGCGAUUUUGAAUACGUCACCUUGAUCCUCUUUGAUAUGAAUAAUUUUACCCAAUCCUUUUUGUACAUUGAACGAGUCAAGAAAGUAAAUAUUUUUCUGUUUGUUGGUUUGUGUUUGAUAAAGGUAGACGUGUUGAAUACAUUAGGAAGUGUUAAAACAUGUUUGUCUUGUGAAGUAAAUGUAAAUUCUACGAGUUGAUGGGAAAGUCUACACGAAUGCUCACUGUGUUUUAAAAGUUCUAAGGAAACGAGGGAGGAAGGGAAGGAGGGAUGGAAGGUGAGACAGACUAGAGGUUUUUGCGUUAUAUAAGAGUGACCAAAGCAGAGGAGAAAAAAAAAAAGAUUUAACAAACAGAAGUAUUCAAGCAGUUACAUUUUAAGUAGCACUUAUUAUUCAACUUCUAGUACUUCUUAUUUUAUUUGAAAUGUAUCUUUUGUAAAGGUCCAGGUUUUGGAUCCCAUGUACAUUGCUGUGAGGAUUUACUGGUCACAUUAAAAUACAAAGUUAUGAAAAAAAAAAAGAAAAAAAAAAGUUGAAUCUCCGCUUGAAAGUAAAUCUACAGAGCCUGACGGAAUUGCACUACCCUCAUACUGGGUGAUAAAGUCUAUUUUGUAUAAAAUACAUGCAAAUAUUAUCUUUAAAGAUUAAGGGCAGAUCAUGUUUCACUGGUACAUAUGGCUAUGGCUUUCAUUGAAGUCUGUUUUGUUCAUAUUUCAGUUAUGUAAAUGUAAUCCAAUGUAAAAGCAAACAAAAAAUAUAAAAUGUUUGUUUAAAAAAAAACAAUAGUUUGUUUUACUUCUGUAUUACACCUCCUCUGUAGUCAGUGUCGGUAUUUUCACCUAUUUGAUUAAAUGUUGACUUAAGUUAUCUGUGUUGUUCUUUGACAUUGGAUUCGGCAUCGUGUUGGUAACAACUUGGAUGAUGUUUUUUUGUCAUCAAUGGUUCAAAGUGGAAAUUCAGAAGAACUGAUUUCUCUUGAGUUCAGCCAUCUUACACAAUAAAGUUUCCUGUUUUUCAACGCUCA